UGCUGUAUUAUGUCUGGCUGGUUAAGGGGUUGCGUUGCGCUGCUGUCGGCUCUGACUUCCUCCAGCUCGGCUCCAAGCACGCCGCUUUAGGUAUACAAAUGCUCUCAGUCCAGCCAGACACCAAGCCGAAAGGUUGUGCUGGCUGCAACCGUAAGAUCAAAGACCGGUAUCUUCUGAAGGCCCUGGACAAGUACUGGCAUGAGGACUGCCUGAAGUGCGCGUGCUGCGACUGCCGAUUGGGAGAGGUCGGCUCGACCUUGUACACCAAAGCCAACCUUAUCCUGUGCCGCAGAGACUACCUGAGGUUAUUUGGCGUUACAGGAAACUGCGCUGCCUGCAGCAAGCUCAUCCCUGCUUUUGAGAUGGUGAUGAGAGCCAAGGAAAAUGUUUACCACCUGGACUGCUUUGCAUGUCAACUUUGUAAUCAGAGAUUUUGCGUGGGAGACAAAUUUUUCCUAAAGAACAACAUGAUCCUCUGCCAGACAGACUAUGAGGAGGGUUUAAUGAAAGAAGGUUACGCACCCCAAGUUCGCUGAUCCAGUUCUUCAUCGCAAAGAAUACUGAA